CCCACUCCCUUGCCGACUCUGAUGUGGAGAUUAUUAUUGUGCUUGUUUGCCAAGCGCGUCCUUGCUCGGACGAGCUUCGGAGAGGUGAUCAUUUCACUGCUGCAGUUGCGAUCGCAAUCCGGCAUACUGCAUUGGAUUCCUGGCAAAGUUUCCAGAAGAACCCACCAAUUGAAAUUCGGUUUCCUUCGGUUCUGGGGUGCGUUUUCGAUGGACAACAUGCAGAAGGAAGAACUGGAGCGGUUGAUGUUCUUCGAGCAAGCGCGGGAGAAGGCUGCUGCCGAGUACAAUCGCUCGCCCACCGACCCCGACAACUUGAUAAGAUGGGGAGGUGCACUUCUAGAGCUAGCGCAUUUCAGGCAGGGACAAGAUUCCAUCGACAUGGUGCAAGAUGCCGUGUCAAAGUUGGAGGAGGCUUUAAGAAUCAACCCACGCAAACCUGACGCACUAUGGUGCUUGGGUAAUGCUCAUACGUCCCAGGGUUUCCUUGUUAAUGAGACUGAUAAGGCUAAUGGAUUCUUUAAGAAAGCUGCUCGCUGCUUCCAGCAAGCACUUGACGAGGAGCCAACCAAUGAGCUCUAUCAGAGGGCACUGGAAAUGACAGAGAAGGCACCAUCACUUCACCAAGAACUGCAGAAGCAGUUGGCCUCCCAGGCAGCUCUUAGCGGAGCACCUGCAGCUGGACCAGCGAAACCAGCAGCAAAGAAGAAAAAGGACAGCGACUUCAAAUACGAUGUUAUGGGCUGGAUGGUGCUGGCAAUUGGCGUGAUCGCAUGGGUGAGCAUGGCUAAGUCUAAUAUGCCACCACCUCCUCCUCCUUCGUCCCUGAAAUAGAUUCACUUCAGCCUCGGACAUUACAUUCUCUGAAUUUGGGUGAGGAGUUAAGUAAAAUCGUCACUCGCUUUGUUUCUACCUACCCGCCAGAGGAGGAUUCAUAUUCCUUUGUACGUAGUUGACGUUUGCAUUUCAGGUGGAGGUUGACUAAACUAAGUAGGAGUUUCGUUGCCCUUUUUACUGUUAUCUUUUAAUGCUUUUACUGUGCAUACUAGAAUGCAUUUGAUGCAAAAGGUGAUGUAGAUUCUUCUUGCAAUCUGCUGAGCAUCUAUUUUUGGGCAAGGAUCCAUGGAGCUAGAUUCUGGUAUUGAAGCUUAUGGCCUCGGGUUGUAAUUGGUCUAGUUACUUAAUAGCAGCUCAAGAAUGACUGCUCUGCUAUUCUUAUGAAGAGAUCUUCUGAUGACCAGAUUGUGGGGUUUGACCA